GGCAACACUGCUAAAAUGUCAACAUUGCAUAUUCAGUUUCCAUAUAUAUUAUAAUUCUCUUUGAUAUUCAGUCUAGUUUAUCCGGUCUCUGAUAUUCUUUUAAAAGUUUUCGUAACCUAACCUCAAAGUUUUUUUCACUAAUAAAAAUAGAAUGAAUGGAUAGAAGACGAAUUACAAAGUUCUUCUAGUGAUUCCUGGCACCGCUAUAAGGUGUCAAGAUUUAACAUGCAGGUUUCGAGAUAUGAAAUUUUAAAACUUUACAAGACCCUAUUGAAUUAUUCCAAGUCUCUUAAAUUGACAGACCCGGUUUACUUUAGAAGGAGAAUAUCUGCAGAGUUUAAAAACAACAAAACAUUGACAAAAAGUGAAGAUAUUUAUUUUGCAUAUCAGAAAGGUGAAGCAUUACUCCAAAGAGGUUCUGUUGUUUAGAAUGAUCAUAAAUAUAAUAUCUAGCUUCAAAACCUUCCGGCCACGAAUUCUUGCAGCACUGAAACAUACCAUAGAUUAUUCUAAAGUGCCCAUGAUAAAUGAAUGUGAUUUGUCAGAGCAGUUCAUCAGAGGAAGUGGACCGGGAGGCUCAGCUGUAAACAAAAAUUCCAACUGUGUAGUUCUUACACAUAUACCAACAGGCACAGUAAUAAAAUGUCACACAAGCAGAUGUCAAGAUGAGAACAGGAAGAAGGCUCGGGAGUUAUUAAUUUCAAAGUUAGAUGAAAUAAUGAAUGGCGAAGCAAGUGUUACGGCUCAGAAAAAACAAAUUGAAGAGAAGAAAUACAAAAGAGCGGAAUACAAGAAGAAGAAAAGGGCUCAAUUGAAGGAAGAAUGGCGAAAACGGGAAGGACUAGUGUAGUAUUAUAGCAUGUAUAUACUAAAACAAAGCAUUUUGCAGCAAUAGUAUUGAAAUAAAAUUAGCAUAAGGUUCAAAAUGA